AUGGACGAGCCCGAGGCCAUGGAGACAGAGACCGAGGCCUCCUCGGUGGACAAGGCCGAGGCAAUGCAGAUUGAUGAGGCUCCAUUUCUGCGAGACUGGCGCGACCAGUACCUCGACUGGAUCAACCGAGGGGUGCUACCCUCGGAUCGCGCUCAGGCGCGGUGCAUCGCCAGGCGGGCCAAGUCUUUCGUCGUGAUCGAUAGGGAGCUGCAGGGCUUUUACUGGCCCAUAGCAGUCGCCGACGCCACGGAGAUCAUGCGGACUUGCGAGGGUUGCCAGUUCUACACCCGUCAGAUGCACCUCCCGGCUCAUGCUCUGCAAACCAUCCCCAUUACAUGGCCUUUCGCCGUUUGGGGACUGGACCUCGUCGGACCAUUGUAG